GGCCACCCGGAAGUGAUUCCCGAGGCGCCGGGCCGCGUGGUUUGCUCUAGGGACGCGGUGGUGAUCGCCGCUGCGAUGACCAAAAUAAAGGCUGAUCCGGAUGGGCCUGAGGCUCAGGCGGAGGCGUGCGGCGGGGAGCGCACUUACCAGGAGCUGCUGGUCAAUCUGAACCCCAUCGCGCAGCCCCUGGCUCCUCGGCGCCUCACGAGGAAGCUGUACAAGUGCAUCAAGAAAGCCGUGAAGCAGAAGCAGAUCCGGCGCGGGGUGAAGGAGGUUCAGAAAUUCGUCAACAAAGGGGAGAAAGGGAUCAUGGUUUUGGCAGGAGACACGUUACCAAUCGAGGUAUACUGCCACCUCCCAGUCAUGUGCGAGGACCGGAGUUUGCCUUAUGUCUAUAUCCCCUCCAAGACGGACCUGGGUGCAGCUGCGGGCUCCAAGCGCCCCACCUGUGUGAUAAUGGUCAAGCCCCAUGAGGAGUACCAGGAGGCCUACGACGAGUGCCUGGAGGAGGUGCAGGCCCUGCCGUCGCCCUUGUGAGGGGCUGGACAGCAAGCCAGGCACCGGUGGAAGCUGCUGGGCUGGCCGCUCACCCUCAUAGCACCUCCCCGACUCCGCGGGGCACGUGCUCUUCCCAGCCAGCUCCAGCAAGGGUUUCUUAAUGGUAGAGCCAGAGUCUUCUCCAUCAGUGCCAUUUCCUGUUGAGCUUAAAUGAAGACAGUUCCAGAGUGUGGGGUGGAAGUAAAUGCUAAGACUGACA